GUUAAAAUUGCAAUGUACAGUCACACUUCAUCGACGUAUAAUAAUUUGUUACUUACGGUCCCGCGAAAUCCGAUAGUUGGUUUACCUUUACCUAGUUACGAACAAAAAUACAAAUAUCAUUUGGAAAAUCAAGAUAGAAUAUUGAAUAUACCUUCGAUGGAGGGAAAACAAUAUUUAGAUAGAGAAACAACGAAAUCAUUCGUGGAGUUUUUUAGUAACAUACCAGAUUAUGAUGACAUCCAUCAUUUAUCCAAUAAAGAAUUCUAUGAAAAACUGGAAAACUUGAAGGAAAAGAAAAAAAUUUUCGAAGAAAACCUCGAUAAGGAAAUCAAAUUCGAUCCCCAAAACUCAAACGUGAUUGAAGAAUAUAAAAAAGAAAAACUUGGUGCUAACAAAAAUAAAGGAAAAAAGAAACCAGCUAUAAAGCAAGUCAGAGAAACACCUACAAAAAAACCUUCAAAUGCAGUUUUAACCCCUGAUAUUGAUUCAGAAUUUUCGGAUAAGGAAUAUAUUAAAGAAAAGAAAAAAUCUUCUCUUAAACCUUACUACAAUGUAUUGAAUAAAAAUUUACGUCCAGCUAUAACUCCUGACAUGGACUCUGAAUUCUCUGACAAAGACAUUUCCAAUAAACCUCCUUCUAGAAGAUCGGUAAGAAUAGAAACACCAAGUGAUAGAUAUUCAAAUGAUGAAACUCCUGAGCCUUUUUUAAAACCAAAAACAAAUACUCCUUUUCAUCAGCUUAAAAGAAGUACUAGUCUUACAGGCUGGGAAGGUUGGAGGUCUAAAUCCAGAACUCAAUUUUCGUCUUUCGGGACGAAACUUAAUAACUGGGAUGACAUAAAUUUAAAACCCACAGUUAACUAUUCUUCUCAAGACUUUAAAAAUGGUGAUUUGACUGACUGGGAAGAUUCGAAAUCUAAAUCAAAAGGAACCUAUUUAAGAAGUACUGGAAAUAUUUCUGACUGUGAUGGUUACAAUCCCAAAUCGACUGGUGAAUGGAAUGAAAAAUCCAAAAUAAAAAACUUUGAUGAUUUAAAAAACAAAUUAGACAAUAAAAGUGUUGGUAUCAAUAGUGAAACAGAAACAAUCAGAGCAAAAUCUAGAAAUGAUUUAAAAGGUAAUUUAACUGAUUGGGAAGAUUUGAGUAUCGAAAAUUUGAAUUUAAACUCGAUAAGCAACAGUCCUGAACUGCUGGAAACUAGAAGCGCACCAGCUUCUCCAAUAAAAUCUAAUCCAAAAACUAACUGGACUGAUAAGGGUAUCACUAUACCAAAACCAUUUCAAAUGACUGUCAGAGAUGAAGAAAACAAAAUUGUCGAUGAAUUAUAUUUUAAAAUGAAAAAAACCAAAGAAGAGAAGCCUGAAAUGUUUAAAGCCCACGAUAUACCUAUAGAAUCACAAAUUCCGCUAUUUGAUAAAAUCGUUGCAGAUCAGCAAAGAAGGAGCUUCAUAUCGAAACAUAAGAGAAAAGAAGCUUUAAGAGCACAAAUGAAACCAUUCUCUUUCACCAAACGUGACGAAGAAAUUCAAGAGCUCAACAGGGAAUUGUCAAAAUCUUCUCCCAAUUUAUAUUCCGAACCUCCUUUAAAAAUUAAAAAAUUUAGAGCCAAACCUAUCCCUAAAAGUUUGUUCAGUAAUUAUAUUUACAGGAAAAUGCAUGAAGAUGAAUAUUACAGAGCACUGCAGAAAAAAAUUCGAGCUGAAGAAAUGCUCAAAGCUGCUUCAUUACCACCAUCCAUGGCAAAACGAGAAAAGACGCAACCGAAGAUGAAUGUAUGUCCACGUUCUUAUAGCACUUUACCUAAAGAAGAGAAAAUUAAGAAAAGCAGAAAUAUUCCUAGCUAUAAGAUCUAUCACGACAAAUUUGAGAAGGAACUAGAAGACAUUAAAAAUGAAUUUGUUACUACCAGCCCCAGACCUUACAAGCUGAAGACUUCUAAAAGAGCACGAAAACAAUUAAGACAGUCUUCUGCUAGCAGUAAAAGUUCAUCGUCCAAAACGGUAACGCCGUGUUCCUUUGAUAUGUCAUCUAUAAAUACUUCAAAUUUAGCAGCAAUUCUUAGAAUUCAGUCAUCAAGACAGAAGAUUGAAAUGGCAAUGUAUAAAAAGUUAGAAGAAGUGCAACGAAGAGAUGAAGCUAGAUGGCGAGAAAAGUUAUUUCGUAAAAAACCCGUUUGGCAUUAUUUGGAUUAUAGCCACGAAGAGGAUUUGGCAAUGAGACUACAACUAAGAAAAGAUGAAGAAAAACUGAGAAAUGAAGAACAUAAAAUGAGAAUGAUGUUAAUGUACGGAAGAGUUCAAAAACAACCUACAUUAUUUGAAAGGCAAUCUCAGAUAAAAUAUCCAAUUACAAGAGAAGAGUUGGAAGAUCAAUUACGAGAAAUUUAUGGGAAGAAAAAAAAUCAAUCAGUAAGAAGUAUAAGUAAUCUGUCAGGUAAAAGGUCUGUAGGGAAAAAAGAUUACAAAAUCGAUCCUGCAGAAAGCAACUUCCAUAUUGAUUUAGAAGAUAGUAACAGAAGCAAAGAGAAAGAAAGCUCAGAAGAAAAAGAAAAAUGUGAUUGUCUUAGUGAUGAUAUUGACAAUGAUAAUAAUGAAAAAUUUGAUUAGAAUAUUCCAAUUCAAUAACAAAUAUUGUUAGUAAGUAUGUAGAGAAAUCUACGGUUGCUUCUGUUGUUCUUCUGUACAAAAGAACCAAAGGCGACAUUUCAUUUCAUUUGUUUUUAUUAGUUAACUAAUUUUACUUACCAUGAUAAACAUAAAUAAAUUAUAAUAACCAUAUUAUACCUAUUGAAAUCGUAUGGUGAGAGACACUUUAUAGCUAUAGACAAGUGAGAUCAUGUUCCCUGCACUUCAGAAUAUCGUAAUAACUAUAUAAAUCGAACUAGUUAUAAGAAUUUACAAGACCUUUUAUCAGUAGUGUUGUUUCUUAUAUGUAACUUUAUGGGUACUCGUGCAAUAUACUUAGAAUUAUACAACAAUUAUUAGUUUUAUUCUCCCAAAAUACUUAAUAGACUAGUAGUUGACCCUACCAUUAUUUAAUAAACAGCUAGAGUCAUA